AUGUGGGGUGUUCAACUUUCGUCAGCUGAGCCUUUCGUAUACUCUAUUUUCGGACUUCAGUACCACCACGAACCUCCAACGGAAGAACAAACCACUUGUCAAAAAGAAUUCGAUGAUCUAAUCGCCAACCAUGCGACUCAUAUAGAUCGCCUAGUCCAGGAAGGAAGUGCAGGCUCCAAGGUAGCCAAAACAUUCAUAUGGCUUGGUUACUGGAAAACACGAACGGAAUACCUUGAUUGGUGGACCAGCGAUGCAGUUACCAGUUUCUGGGCAAAUCUAUCAUCACAUGCAGGACUGUGGAGAGAGAUUAUGAUGCCGAGUGAUACGCGUACCCAAUUUGGGACCAAUCAACCCAAGCCAUCUGGUCUUGGUUAUUUGGGGACACCUACAAGUCUGGGUGAGAAGUCCGGGUACUGGGGCUGUUAUCGGCACCGAAUGUCUUCUUUUCAGGACGACAACUUUACGACGAAUGUUGAUAAAGAGAUCGUCCAAGUCCAACACUACACACUACAAGACACCGAUCAUGAGCUUCCGAUCAUACCUGGACGUCAAAUUCUGACCAAUCUUCCCGAUAAUGUUUGUUUCGUGAUUGAGGGCCAAGACCAUUCUGAAAUCACGGAUGAGGAGAAGGAAUUCUGGUUCAAGAAUUUUGACCAGUCUGUUGAGCGAUGGAUGAAUGAUCUCGUCUUCGCUGGGGAAGGUUCUGGAGUCCUUGACAGUAAGCUCUGUUACUGUCCCGAAAGUGGUAUAUUUCGAGAGUCAGACUCGGACUUGUCCGCUUUGAACUACAAUAAGAAGGUCCAGCUCUUUUAUUUCAAAGAUUUGAGACAUCUGGAGAGGAUUGGACGCAGUAACAAAGGGCACGUUGAUCUGCGACAUCGCUUUAUGGGUGCCUAUGGCCCUGGCGGGGAAUUGACCUCUGGCAAGAUUUGUUUGUGGGUUGAGACGACAGUGAUCAAGGGGAAUGAAAUAGAAUGCGAGUAUGUUGGGUGUUUUGAAGGGACAGGUUGGUUGGCUCUUGGCGAGCACGAGAUAUUUGCUGUUCAAUACUCAGAUUGA